CACGGCUGAUGCACGGCUGCGGUUCGAAAGGGUCUUAUAUACAUAUAUUUGUUGCACAAUUUCCAGUUCUCUGUACGGCGAACAAAACGGUCCAACGAUAUGUACAGCCCACGCGAGCAUUUCGAAAUAAGAGGUGCAAGUAGAAACGGUGUGCCAUAAACGAACGCUUCAAUCGAAUCAUACCGCGUGGCAUUAAACUGCCGAAUUAAUUAAAAUUUUCAGUCAUGCAACGCGAUGCAUUUCAACAGUUUUACCGACCUUUGAAUUAAAGCGAGCAUUUAAAUCGCUUUGCUUGCCGGAAGUUGGCGACCACAGGAGGAACCGUGAUUAUUUUGGAAGAUUGGAGACGACUCAGGCGAUUGUACAAGACAAUUGACAAGGACUGGUGAACUUUAAUCGAUCGUGGCAGCAAGCCGUCGAGAUUCGUCCGAGCAAUUAGCGGCCGGGUUCGACGGGCAUUAACUGGUUCCCCUGACAUCCUAACGAGGAAAUAGCGCCAUCAACCGGAACGUCCUCGAGCUACCACAAAGAACCCUCGUAAAUUCCGUGCUGAUCGCAUACGAUAAAUACGAGUUAAUGUGCAUCGAGAAGCGUCGGGACAAUUAACGACGUUCUUAAUGGGUCUUAGCGAAGCGGCGGACCUAGGUCGCUCUGGUAGCACUCGAGCUCGCUGGAUCAGAGGGGUUGUUCAGCCGUGCCGAUGAAUUGCUGGGACUUCGGUUUUGGGUGUGAAUAAACGCGAGAUAGUCUCUCGAAAGGGAGGGCAGCAGGGCCAAGAGGCGUCGCGACGCGCCGCGAGCGUCGGUUUCUUCGGCAUUGGUGGAAAGGGUAAUGGCGGUAUUGAUUGGCAGCGGAACUUGACCGCGCAAGCUCUCUCUGUCUCCUGCCCUCAAUGAAAUGACGCGCUUACAUAUGGAGCCACGACGGACGGGACGACGAUAAAAACCUGUGGAUACCACACCUGGCCGACACCUGGCAGUCGUCACGGUGACGAUGACACCGUCCCUCUGCACCUGCACAUGGCUGCUGUUACCCUGUUGCGUACUCGUCACCCUCUCCACCGGGGAGCUCAAGUUUUAUCGAGAUGAAGUCCCGGAAACCUCGGAGAACGCCUUGUUGAGGCAAUUAGUCAAAUACAUCGAGUCUCAAGGUCGGCAGUUUCGGUUGUCGAUGCUGCUGGCCAACCAGGACCACUGGAAGCGACAGAUGGAGGUGGACCGUCAGAAGAAGAGCAGCCUUGUGGAAGCUUUAACGAACAACGAGCGGAUCGACGAGACGCCACGAGGAAUGGAGUACUACCCUUCGGUCUACCUGCCCAAGUACUUCCCGCCAUCCGACAGGAACAAUCUCUACGACAGCCUCCUCGAGUAUCUCAACUACAACUUGCCUUAUCCGCCGCGCGAGAACAGCGACGAGGAACCGAGCUUGCCAGACGAGGACUACGAGUACGACCAGGCGGAGUCCUUCAAGCGCCCGCCCUACGAUGCUCCAAACCGUUUCGACAAAGGGAUGAAGGAGGAGCCGUUGUCCGAGUACCAGGGCAUCUACAGAAGCGGCUUGAUCAAGCAAGGUGGCCGGAAGCUGCAGAAGCCGCAGCCGGUCCAGCCGGAAUUCACUUUCCAGUUCGACGACGCAAACCUGAUGGAGAAACACCCUUUCGCGUUGAAGCCGAACGAUCCCAGAUACUAUCAGGACGCUCCGUUCGACUCUGGAGACACUGAUCGCUCGAAUGUCGAAAAAACUGUGCAAAAUGAGACGCAGCCGGAACAGAGCAACGUUAAGAUCGACAAAACGCAUAGACUGCACGAGGAGAACGUGAGGAACGGCGAGUUGCAGAUGAAGGAAUCUCCGGUGAUCAUUUUGUCGGAUCUGCAGCGGCGCACAUACAAUCCUUUGGUUGUGCCUCUAAACCCCACUUUGAACAAUGAUAUAUAUUUUAUCGCUAUCGUUGCCGGCUGCAGUGCGGCUGCCAUGUUUGCCCUCGUGUUGAUUACAUUGACCUGGUGCAGAUUGAAACGGGGCGCAAAAGCAGCAGCAGACAUAGAAUACCCAGCGUAUGGUGUUACAGGGCCGAACAAAGAGGUUUCACCCUCUGGAGACCAAAGGCUCGCGCAAUCCGCGCAAAUGUACCAUUUUCAACACCAAAAACAACAAAUCAUCGCUUUAGAAAAUCGUGUUUCUGCAUCCAGAGAUCCUGGGUCCGUCUCUGAAGCAGAGAGCGAAGAGGAGAACGAAGAGGGAGACUACACUGUCUACGAGUGCCGAGGAUUGGCUUCUACCGGCGAGAUGGAGGUGAGAAAUCCAUUAUUCCAUGACGACCCUACACCAGUGACACCGCAUAAAUGAAGAAAACAAGAAGAGGACCACAUCUAGUUUGAGUAAAAUUAAACACUUACUUUUAAAUAACCUUUUCCCCCGGUGCUUAGCUCACUGUUAAUGUACCAUAUCGGAAACAUUUAUCUAUAUAUUGAAUGUAUACAACUUUAAUACUUACCGUGACACAGGAAGUCAAAAUGUAAAGUUAAGUAAACGGGGUCCGACGGGUGUAAGGGGGUGGGGGAUCACCUGGAGUCUCUGGUGAUAAUGAGGUCACUUUUGCGUUUUCAGCAAGGGAUGAAUUUACUGCGGCUAGACGAAAAAAAAAACAGAACGGCAAAGGUUUCGGCCGCCGUUCACGGACUAUAUAUCUGUGUUUGUUUGAGAACACAAUAUUUUUUAAACUCCAUGAUGUACUAUAGUUUGUACUUUCAUAGCAAGUAUGGUUAGCCAUAUGAUUAACAAUUAUUUUUCUACACACCGUUACUGACUUGCAACUUAGAGUACGGAUUGGAGGCCAUAUUUUACUAUCACAUUCGAUCCCACUUUACACCAACAGAUCCGCUUGAUUUCCGGAAAUUCGGUCGACGAUCCUGCGAGGUAUUAACCAGUAUUGAUCCUUUUGUUCCGUUCAUAUCAAUUAAUUGCUAAUUAAUUAUUAGUGAGUCGCGAAUGAGCAGAUUUAGUGGGAAGACGUCGGAAUUUUUAAACAGGCUUUUUAGUCGACUUACAUGUGUAUCGGUAAAAUGACUGCGGAUUUUAUGCAUUUACGUUUUAGUGAUUACUACUGAUCAAGUUUUAGUAAAUUUUUUAUUUUAGUAGGAGCCUAUUGAAGCUCUUAAUAAAGUGCACAAAUUUGUCUUUGAUUUCAGUUUUCAUAGAUUUAUAUAUAUAUAUAUAUAUUUGAAUAAGGAUUCGCAGCCUGCGUAGAAAUUAUGGGAUCAUGCAAUUGGCACAACAAACUUUUAACAACAAAGAGUUUACACAAACUAUCUGGUGAAUUAGAAAUGUUUAAUUAUUUAAAAUUUUCAAGGAUAUUAUGUUACGAUUGAUAAGAUCACAUCGAAUGAUUUUUAUUGAAAAUCAAAAAACAAGGUUUUCUUUGAUUUUCAUUCUGUACAAGUUGUUGAAGUAAUUUAAACUGCGUGACCCUGGCUGCAUAUACCUUACACGAGUUAUCCUGAUCGUGCGAAUUUAUAUCACAGGGUAUCUAUGUAACUGUGUUUAUUGUAUUCGAUGAUUUCUCCAUAAAAUGGAGAUGCAUAAUAUUUAACACGUUGACAGAAUUGUUUGUUUAUAUUUGAAAAUUAAUUACUGUGCUGACAGACGCAGCUAACUAACAUUGCUUCCGCAGAAAUUAGGCGAGGAUCAGAAGAACAAUUAAUACCCGUAAAUAUCUUAAUUGCUGUGAGUCAAUCUAGUUUUGUCCAGUUUCUGUGGUCAACGUGUUAAACGAUGAUUCGACGAUCGAGAGUCUAGUUAGGGAAAGGAAAAGAUUCUGUCUUCGUAUACAGAUCUAUGUAUUGCGUUAUAUCAUAAGUAACAAUUUAUUUAGACAUUGUUGUAUCCGCGUCUCGCUUUCUGUUUGCAUGCGCUGUUACUUCUGCUAUUGUUGCCGGAACUUACAUUUCGCAAACGAGAAAUUCUGUAUAUACGUUUGUUAGAGAGAAACAGAGAGAGGGGGAGGGGAAGAAAGAAAGAGAAAUAGAGAGAGAGAGAGAGAGAGAGAGAGAGAGAACGAGGUACAGAAAAGGAGGGAGCAAAACCAAAAAAAAGGAACUGGACCUUUAAUAUCGACUAAUAUACAUAUGGAUAUAUAUCAUUGAUUGGCUUGAUGCGAUAAUACGUAUUUUAUUUUUCUAUGAUACUUAUAAACUGUUAAUUAUGAAGACAGUUCUAUGAUGGAAGAGCCUAUUAUCGUAACCGAGAUGACGAGAUAGAGAAAUGAUUAUUUAUUUUGACAAACUUGAAGCACUUACCUGUAAUUAGCGCCGACUAACUUAACCAGGGUUACUAUUUAUACGUUCCAGUAACCCGCGAGAACACUAUAAUGAAACAAAAUGCAACUUCCAGAGGCUUGUCUGCCUGGAACGUCAAUCAUGCGACCACUGACAGUCAAUGACCCACCUGAAUACCAACAACGUCUGUUGGAAGCAUUUUAACAUUAUCCUAAUCCAUUUGAAAUUUUCAUUUUCGUUAAAAGGCCCGGGACAUUAGCUGUUAAAUAUUUUCUUGAAAAAUCAUCCACCGUUUCAUUGAAUUUUUUCCUUUUCAAUAAUAACUUAAAUAAUUCUUUCGAGACUAUUGUAUAAAUACUAUCCUCCUUAUGAUUCUGUACAGUGCUGAAAAUAUUAAUAAUUUCAAUAACGUAAUAGUAAUGAUUUGCGCAGCAAAUUUUUCUAAAACAUUUUAUCGUCUGUUUUGUUGAGCUGUUACUAAUAUUGUUUCUAAUCAUUCUGUUGAGAUCGCGCUGAAAAUUUCAAUGGAUCAUUUUCUGGGUGGGAUGAUAGACAGAGGAUCGAAUCAGAUUGGCAGCAUAAAUUUAUCGUUAGCCUUUCUAUGCCUUUACAGCACUGCAUCGUCUAUUACAAUGAAUUCGUUGGAUUUUAUAGAGAGGACACUAUGAAAGGACAAUCUGUGUACAAAUAGACUACUGUAUAGUGAUUUGUAGCAUGAUUGUAUGUGUUGUGAGCUGUAGCAUAGGCGCAAUCAGACCGUUGCGAUUCGUGUCCGCGGUAUGUUCCGUAAAUGUGUACACGUUACCAUUGUUAUUUUCGUUCUUCCAUUAAUCUGAACCUGGUGUAAUAUAUAAAUGAUAAAUAAUGUAUUAUUAUUUUAUUAAAUAAAUUGUUUAUUUUGUAAAGAA